GCAGAUGCCAGCGAAAAUUUCUCGCAACUGGCGCCAGUUCUGUGUAAUACCGCUCUGAAUCUGCUACGAUUCAUCGGAAAAUACAUUCGAAUGACAUAUAUGUUGCAGUCAGUUGCCGAUCAAGCUGUUGGCAACAUAUUGGAACUGUGCAACUUCUUUUUCUUCACUAUUCACACAUUCUUCACUGCAGAUGCCGAACGUGUUGCUGGUGUAUUUUUCUCGCCCCAUUUGAAAAGUGUUCUGGAUAGUCUCGAAAACAAAUUGUUCAGGGAAGAUUCGUCUUCGGAAGGUAGAGUGGAAUUUAAUCCAUGUACAUUAUCCGGGGCGGUGCAGCUGGAUUCAGAGCCAGAUUAUGCCUUACCGGAACGUAUUGUUGGUGCGGAAUCGAUAAAUUUUAUUUCUAAGCAACUGGAUCUCAUUCGACCAGUUUUUGAAUCGUUGAUCAGCGAGAAGGCCUUUGCCGAAGUCGAGAAGUAUUAUACAGAGUUAUACGAACUUUCGGGACGAAGUGUUGAUGAUAAAAAUUUCAAACAUCAGAAGCAUUUUGCCAAAUGCUCCAACUAUGGUGAAUGUGGUAAAAGAUGCUCAAAUGAGGGGCGCGCUUUGAUGCAGCUCGAUUUCCAGCAGUUGCUUGUCAAAUUGGAGCAAAUCGUUGAAUUUUCACCUAUUCCACACAGGGCAUAUGUAGAGAACUACAUCAAAGCCUAUUAUCUGCCUGAAAGCUCAAUGGAAACAUGGAUUCAGCAGCACAGUGAAUACACAACGAAUCAGAUAGUUACACUGCUCAAUGUGGCAACGCAUGUUUCGAAGAAAGCGCGAACACGGAUUAUCAAUGCCCUCGAUGAUUAG